GUUUGGAAAGUCGUCGACUCUCUCAUCGACCUCCACUCUACUGCUGAGCUGCAAUCCCCGGGAGAAGGCCUUGCAAAAGAUGAGCUCCGCGGUGGGGGUGUCUCUCGACCGGAUGCGCUCCGACACUUCGAUGGGGAACCUCCCAGACUUCAAAGCAACUGGCAACUCCAAGUCCCUGAGCCGCAGAUCGCUGGCCUCAGGGGGAAAAGAGAUGAUGAGGCCACCCUCCUCCCAGCGCUUUCUGGCUACGGCCUACGAUGGCGAAUGGAAGCUCCGGUCGGACAUUGAGCAGACCUUCGGCGAGGAGGAUACUUCCCAUCGCGAUGCGCAGCGAGAUUGGCUAAACGGGGUGCUCGGGAAGAGGAAAAAGCCAGUUCUCCUUGGCAACUCGAAGAGGGUGGACCUGGCGAACAACCUUCUGAAGAGUAUUGAGCGCCCAAGUUAUCACUGGGACCCGCUGCGUGAUCUGCGUGUCCUUGGACCUCAGGACUCGGAGCCCUCGAGCUCGAGGAGUUCCCUGUCCUCCGAGGGCGCGGACUUUACAGAAAGCACGAUGACCUUCAGCAGGCUCAGCCGGCGCAUGUCGGCCUCCCUUCGUUUGGGCCGGCGCAGGAGCUCCGCGCGGUCCAUGCUGCCACCCAAGGAGGAGGUUCGUGAGCCUACGCCCCAGCAGAAAAUCACGCUGCAAAAGGUUUCUCAGCUUCAGGACAUACCCUGGCAGGUGAGCAAGCAAGCCUUCAACUGGUUCUAUCAGUUUGCAGACAUUGGUCUGUCCAACCGCGAGAAGCUGGGACUGUCAGAGGAGGCUGUGCUGGAGGGAACGCUCUUCGAGCUUCCCAGUCUUGGGAGCAUGUCACGGGAAGCUCUAUUCAAGACCUGCUGCGCCAUCAGCGAUGUAGACGACCCCUCACAGCUGGAUAUGGACUUCGUGGGCGGCGCUUUGAGAACUGUUGACGCGAACCAGAAUGAGUCGCUAGAUAUGGUGGAGUUCCUGGACUUCUACCAUCGCUAUUGUUUCUCUGAGGAGGUGUUACUGAGCCGACAAGAGCGUGAACUCAGACAGCUGGCCAGAAAGUACGGCUUCAGCUUUAUCGAGCUUGACCAGCUCAAGACGAAGUUUGACCAGGCGGACCGCAAUCACAGUGGCAAGCUGGGCUAUGAGGAGUUUCUCGCCCUAAUGCGCCUCUUGACAAAAUUGCCCGCUGGAUCUGAACUGCCAGAGAAGAAGAAGAAG